AUGCGUCUGUCUUAUGGCACACAUGUGACGCGAGCCAAUGAGCCUACACUGCAGCUCCUGUUUCCACAAAGCUCAGCUGUCCCCCACCCCUUUCGCCCACGGAAUCAUCCAAACGUAUUGAUCAAAGUGCUAUCGCCUCGCCUAUACCCUGUGCACUAUCUAAGACUACCUUGGGUAAAGCAGCAAACCGCCCCCCCUCAGCCCCAGGUUGACAACCCAAGCCUUCAAAGUCUUUCGCGGCACGUCUUUGCCGCUGCGAGUGCUACCUCAAGUGGAUGUCGCCCAGACAAUAACCUUGGGCUUGUGAAUUCGACUAGACCCCCGAAAAUCAUCUUCGGCUCUACCUGCCUUGCCCUCAUACGUGUGGGCGUGCCUUUCAUCACCUUAGGUAACAACUUGGAGCUUACCUCGUCGAUUCUUGACCUCCUGGACCCGGACACUUUGCGCGACCCCUCCAUCACUCUCCCGAAUACCCAACGCAUCUUUGCGACUGAACUUCACAUCCAGUCUUUACCAAUUCCUGAAUAG